UCUGUUUGCGUCACUACUGUGCGACGCACAUGUCGAGGUGAAAGUGCAAGCUGCCAUUUUUUCGAAGGAAUCUUCUGGCUAGUUAGACAAGCAAAGGCAAACUGUGAGUUUCACCGUAACUCUUUAGCAGUUUUGCUUCAUCCGUUGGCGUACUGAAGACAUAUUCUACGCGAAUAUUACAGAGGCUUGGUGGAUUUAAACUCCGGUUAAAGCGCAGGCUUAGCUCAGGGCUGCACUGGUCUGCAGAUGGCUGCUUAGCCUGGCUAGCUAACGUUAGCUGUGGCUGUAAACAAACACUACAGACAGUGAAGAAACAGCAGAUGAUAAACGAGCUCAGACCUUGCAGGUUUGUUCAGUAACGUAAAAUUUUGUCAAUAAUUCCGUUAGAUAAAGAGGUAAUAUAACGUUAGAAUCAUAACGUUAGGUGGAGCGGGCAGCAGGAGGCAUUUUGAUGCCGCAUCUCUGUAAGUUAGCGACACAACUUCAGUUUUGAUGACAGUGUGAGUUUCUCCAAACUAGGUCGGAGCUCAGUCGCUUUAGAGCGGGUCGGGGUCAGUCGGGUUACAGGGGAUACACACACUUAUACCGGCAUGUCGUCCUUCUCUGAGUCGGCCCUGGAGAAGAAGCUGACGGAGCUGAGCAGCUCGCAGCAGAGCGUCCAGACUCUGUCUCUGUGGAUCAUCCACCACCGCAAACACUCGGCCCUCAUCGUCAAAGUGUGGCACAGAGAGCUGAAAAAAGCUAAAAGCAACAGGAAGCUGACAUUCCUGUAUCUGGCCAACGAUGUCAUCCAGAACAGCAAGAAGAAGGGACCAGAGUUCACCAAAGACUUUGAGUCUGUCCUCGUCGAUGCCUGCUCCCAUGUUGCCAGUGAAGCAGAUGAGAGCUGUAAAAAGCACAUGGAGAGACUGUUGAACAUCUGGAAGGAGAGAAGCCUCUACAGAGGCGACUUCAUUCAGCAGCUCAAACUGGCCAUAGAAGACUCUAACAGCCCAAGGCCUUCAGAAGAGAAGAAGGCUGUGAAACGAAGCUAUCAGAAGAUCCAGGAAGAGGAAGACGAUGAAGACGAUGACUACAGAAGCCACACCUCCCCUUGCAACACAGACACCUCUGCAACUCAACUGACAGAGGAGCUGGUAAAGGCCCUACAGGACUUGGAGAACGCUGCAUCAGGUGACGCAGCAGUUCGUCAGAAGAUUGCCUCGCUGCCCCAGGAAGUCCAGGACGUUUCUCUGCUAGAGAAAAUCACUGACAAGGAGGCAGCAGACAAGCUGUCAAAAACGGUGGAUGAAGCCUGUUUGCUGCUGGCGGAGUACAACGGCCGACUGGCUGCAGAGCUGGAGGACCGAAGGCAGCUGGCUCGCAUGCUGACUGAAUACAUCAGCAGCCAAAGGGAGGCGCUCAUGGAGAGAGAGAAGAAACUAGAGGAGUAUAAGCAGAAAUUGGCGAGGGUGACCCAGGUUAGGAAAGAGCUUAAGUCCCACAUCCAGAGUCUCCCUGACCUCUCCCUCCUGCCCAACGUGACCGGGGGUCUGGCCCCGCUCCCCUCGGCCGGAGACCUCUUCUCCACCGACUGAGAGGUCUUUGCCCAGACACACUACCCCCAUUCCCCUCCCUACCCAAACCCAGCGCCACCUUUGAUUCACAAAAUACUUCUAGCUGUGUCUCCAGCCAGAGGACACAUGUGGUCAAACCUGCAGGACAAGAGGGAGGAAGCGAUAGUAGAAGGAAGGUUUGGUGAAAUCAAAACGCUCUGCAGAGGAGAACAGAGACUCUGUCAGCCUGGAUUUUUCCAGCACUUGCUCGAUCGACAAGGAUUCCACUCCACCAGCUUGGAACGAGUUUGUUUCCCGUUUGUUUUUAUUAUUUUUUUAAUGCUGGAAGUGUCAGUGAUCUGGGAGGAGGGGUGGGGUAAAGAAGCAAAGCUUAGACAGACACAAAUGUUGGUUGUCAGGAUGUGUCAAUCAAAGUGUCUUUCUGUGUGGUAUAUUUUGGAUUCAGCAUGCAAAAGGUGGGCCGUUUGCUCUCACAAUGCUCAGAGGUUGUGACUACACUGUGAAGAGAAUGUACCAUUAUAGUUUUAUUUUUCAGUUGGGGGGGCUUUUUAUUGACACAGUCAGAUAGAUGGUUUUGAUGUGUUUGUACAAUUACAGAAGAUAUUAGAUUGGGUUCAGUGUACAUUGCUUUUUGGUUGCUUCAUGUACGCUCAUGGUCAAACAGCUGUGACUCAGCCCACUCAUUUCAGUAACACUUUAUAGAGACAGUGUGUGGGACAGUAUCAUCCUCGUAGUUUAAAGUCAGUAGACAUGCUCUGGUUUUUGUGUCCCUGUUUGCAAGCGUUUCUCAUUUACAAACUAAAACUUUGCAAUUCAAAGUGCCCGUUCGUUUUCACGCUUUAAUUUGGACAGAUGCUUGAAAUAUGGAAAGGCUAAUUAUGUUCAUAAGUGUGUACUAGACACACUUGAGUUUUUUUUUUUUUAAACAAAUCCUGGAAGUUUGAGGAAACAAUUCAAAACAAAGUUUGCUUUCCAAUAAACCGCCUGGUCUUUAGUUGUAUGAAAAAAAAAAAAAAGUAUGAAGCCCCAAAACUCCAAAAAUACGAAACUUUCUUAGAGGGCAAAAAAAGGUGAGAAAAAACUAAAGAAAAGUGUUAAAAAUCAUUGAGUUUUAGUGUGUAGAGGUGGGAAAUAUGGAAAUAAAGACAAGAUAAGUUGAUCAGAUGAAGACCUUUUUCUGAUAUUGUUCUAUAACGUGUUUUGGUAAAAAAAAAAAAUCAGUAUAGGUUGUCCAGUUACAUUCAUUACAUUAGAUGUAAUGUGAAAUGGACUUUUAAGCUACAUUCUCAAGUAUUUAAGAAAGUUGUGUUCAGUGAUUCACAAUAUUAAAUUCCCACAAUAUUAAAAUGAUGAGUAAUAAUUUAUUCAUAUUGCUCAAUCCUACCUGUGUGUAGACAUCCAGUGAUGAAAUAUUUUACUAAAAAGUAGCAGCAACAGAUUCACCUCUGCAGUCCCUUUCUCAGGUUUCUUUUUUUAAAAUGAGGCGACAAACCACAUUACAAAUUCCUUAAUUGAGAUAUUAAGGUCCGGAAGUGUGAGUUAUUCCCAAAAUCAUUUUUGGUACAAAAGUUUGUCAUUGUUUCGUGAACAGUUCUCUGUCAAGGCCAGAACAAUAUGUAUCAUUUGUUUAGCAAAUAUUCGAUUUUCAGUUGUCUGUGUAUACAGAAAGAAAAAUUUUAUUUGAGACGUUUUAUGAUAAAAGGUCAGGGAUGUUUACUUAGAUCAUGGCUCCUCCUGCUGGAGUGUUUUCUAAAGUUAAAGAAGAUUACAGUUGCUGUAACUUCCCUGCUGAUGCCACAAACUCGGGCGAGAAAUGCUGCUGCAAAUCCUUUUCAGUAAACUCUGAGAUUGAUUGGUGUGUCCUGGCAGUCUGGAACCACAAAAUAUUUCAAACAGCAGGUAAAAAUAUCAUAAUAAUAAAUCAAAACCACUUUAAUAGUGUUUGUUAAAACAAAGGUGUGGAUGUAAUCAUUAGUCAUUGGUGCGGUCACAAAACAGAUAUUUGGGUCUGUUUUUGGUGCGUUAAAAUUACCCUUAAUGUCAGAUAAACUUGCUGUGGCGUGGAUGUUAAAUGUUGAAGCCUAAAGAACAGAGAGCGGAGGAAUUUUCACCCAUUAUUUGGUUCAGUCUUGACUGAAAUACAACUCAACGGUAAAUUAAUGAAAAAUACAAAAAGUGUUCAAUACAACCACUGUAUGCCAGGAAGGAUUUCAGCAACAUUUUGACCCAGGUGUGCUUCACUGUAGAAAUUAGUUAGAUCUUUUCUUACUUACUUGCUGUGUGGUAUGUUUCUCUCUGCAGAAUCAUACUGUACUGCCAGGACUCUACCAGUAGGGGUAGUGUUUUUCUGUAAUGAAAGUGAUUCAGUGGAUGCCAAUAAACUGGAACCAUUUGAACAAA